AUGCGUAUCCAGACUCUUCAGCUGCUCAUCUUGGGCAUGCUCGUUGCCACGGUCCUGGCAAGAGUAAUCCUUACCGGUCCAGCCCCACAGGCGUCGGUCAUCUCACUAGAGGAUACUGCAUCCAGCCAAGAGCACUCAAAUAUCCCUGAAAUUCGUCCACAACACUCAGCAGAGUCUGUUCCGAAUCUCAGCUUGCCUGAAGCUAGGCACAACCAGUCAACGCUGCAUAAGCGCCAGUGCGUCAAGAACGGACCUGGAGACGAUGACUGGGCCUGCGACUUGCUGUGGCCUACCUUCAAUCAGAUGGAGCAGCGUAUGAGAGACACCAACAACCAUGGAAGGCUCGUUCCCGAGAACCAUCUCGUCUUCUAUUCCAACCUUCGGACGCCAACCGAUGAAGAAAGAGCCAAUGGUCCUGAGGUCAUGCCUACUCACGAAGAUCUAGCAGUCUGGUUGUCAUGGUGCGAAGGCUGGAUGAAGGCGAACAACCUCCCCUCAGUCCACAUGUACAACGUCCUGGAUAUAAAGUGGUUGUACCGGCAAUACCUCUGGCUCGACGACCACUGGGAGCAAAUGGAAAGGGCUGGCCCUCCGCCGCUCGUUGUUCAGCCCGGCCAGUGGAAGCCAAACUUUCCGCCUCCUAUUGAUGUAGGUGACGCUGAAUAUCACUUCACCGGAUGCCUCCUACAGACCAUGUGCGUGAGAAGCGAGAAUCCAGACGUGUAUUUGUUCACCAGCUACGACAUGGAUCCGUACGACGACUCAACAUGGGCCGAGAUUGAGUUUCCAUCACUGACCCUGAACACCGACGUGCAGAGAAUCUGGCGUGUAGAUCCAGCUCCGGGGGCUGAAUGCCACGCAAAGGAGUUGUUGUGGAGUCGAGAGAAGGAUCAGCCUUUGCCAAUACGUUGGCUGUGUCCUGUGAAGAACGAGGAUCCCUGA